UCUUUAAAGGUAGAUGGUGGUAUGACGAAUUCGGAUCUGUGCAUGCAAAUUCAAGCAGAUAUCCUCGGUAUUGAUGUUGAACGCCCAAAGAUGCGGGAGACGACUGCUCUGGGUGCUGCAAUAGCCGCUGGAUAUGCUGUUGGUGUAUGGAAAUCACUAAGUGAAUUGGAUCAAGUUAACAAUGAAGGUUGGGCGGUGUUUUCAUCCCAAAUAACUCAAGAAACUUCUGAGGAACGAUACAAAUCUUGGAAAAAGGCAGUUGAAAGAAGUUUUGGUUGGGUCUAA